UAUCUGUGUGGUACCAGAGCCUCAGAGCUCAAAAACUGCCAAAGCUUCCUUAUAUGGCUACUGCUCUCAAAUAUGCACUGUCUAUCAUCGUUUUAACUGCAACAUCUUCUAUACUCCUUCCUUAGUACUUACCAAUCCAUAACAACUUCAAACCCUUCAACAUAGUCAACCUCAAAUGGCUUCAGCAACACCAAAACCACGAAAAAGGCUAGCAGAAUUUCUCAAUGAGGAGCAAGAACCUUUCCCCCUAGAGGUUUACCUUUCAGAAAGUGAGUAUUCAAAAAGGUGGAGUUUGGAUGAUGGAGAUUCAAGCAACAACACUUCAGAGAAAUCAACCAAAUCUGGCUUAAACAAAAGGAAAAAGGGUCUACUCCUCCCAUUUUGCCAAGUUCUGAAAGCUCUAUAUAACAAGCUUGGUUUCAACAAAGAAAGCAAAAAUAGUCUAACCAAGUUUCAUGACCAAAGAAACAAAAAUGAAGGUGUUCCUGAACCUACUAUUGUUCAGUUUUCAUCAGAUAGCAGCUUUACUAUGUUCAAUUCAUGCCAAGAUAUUGAUGAAGAGGGAACCUCCAUUUUGUCACAUAUAGACCAGCACUUACUUUAUUCUCACACUUUAUGCAACAUGGGACCCCAGAGAAGGAAGCGACGGAGAUUCAUAGAAGGUAGCCAUGAAUUACUGAGGAAGAAUCCUGUACAAAGAGCUCCAAAUGUGAGUGAGGAAGUUAGGAUAAUGCAACAGAGAAUACGGAGUGGUGUCAUUCUACCAAAGAAAAUCAGAGAGGACUCACUGUUAUCAGCAGCUAUCUGGAGUAGUUUACUUGAUCAGUCAAUAAAGAAAGGUAAUUGUUGUACUAGGGAGUUAGGAGUGCUUCUUCCUGGGACUAAUGAUGUUUCCCAGAUAUUGAAAUCCAAAAGGGUGUUGCAUAGGAUAAAGAAGAUGCUGUUUGAUUGUGUGAAAGAUAUUACCAUAACCCUUCCAGCACAAGACGACAGAAAGAAAGGUAGCAGACAAUUCAUGGGGCCUCUACAGAUUGCAAAGGUCCUUCCUCAGAGAACAAAAAAAUGGGGCCAACAAGCUGGUGAUGGAGAAAACCUCACCUACUUACUCGCUUUGGAUUACUUGAAUUCAAUCAUGGAAUGGAACAAGUUCGAACCGCACGUGAAGGACAUUAGUGUUGAGAUCACUGAUGCAAUUUUAGAUAACAUCCACAAUGAAAUUGUAUUUGAAAUGAUAGGAAAUUUGACACGAAAUACAUAAAAUUUCAUCUUAAUGUCUUGCAACCUGAAACAUCCAAAGCCCCUCAUUUUGAAUUUGGAUUUUAAUUAUAGCUUGGCUAUUUUCUACAUUCA